AUGCCGCUGAACUCGACCACGUACCUCGAGGCGCACGGCUGGGAGGGCAAAGGAGCGCCGCUGGAUGGAAAGAAUGGCCGAGGGCUGAAGAAGCCGCUGAGCGUGCCGCAGAAGCGCAACGUCAAGGGUCUGGGCAAGGAGCGCGACCGCGCCGUCGAGUGGUGGGACUGCCUCUUUGAGGCCAGUGCAAAGUCGAUCAGCAUCGCUGUUCCCACGGCCUCCUCGCCCUCUUCUUCGUCGGCAAAGCCAAAUGCGGCCGCGGUCACGGUCAUGGAUCCCGCAGCGGCGGUGGAGAGCGCGGGCGCCGCGGUGCAAGCGCGCAAAUUGGACGGGGUCAAUCCGGCUGCGAAGGUGUCGCUCAUCGGGCAGGCUAAGCGCGAGCAUGCGCGCAAAAUGCUCAUGAGCGGCUUCGUUCGGGGAAGGCACGUCGAGUCGGACGAGGAAAAGUUUGCGAGGCAACUCAAAGAAGACGAAGAGGCACGGGCCAAGGCGCGAGAGGAAGAGGCACUCGCUAAGCCGCGGCUGCAGGAUGCCGACGGAGACAUGAAGACGAAGACAGACGUCUCAAGUGGCGAAGGCACAAGCCGAGACGGAGGUAAAGCUGAAGCGAAGGACAAAUCGAAGAAAGAGAAGAAGGAGAAGAAAGAGAAGAAAGAGAAGGAGAAGAAGGAGAAGAAGGAGAAGAAGGAGAAGAAGGAAGGAAAGGAGAAGAAGGAGAAGAAAGAGAGCAAGGAGGAACGUCUUAGCACUGGAGCAGAUGACGCGGAAAAAGAGGCAAAGAGGCAAAAGAAGGAAUCGAGGAGAAGGGACAAGGAGGCAAAGAAGAAAGCUUGUGCCAUCAAGGUAGGGGAAGAAGGGGAAGAGAAGGCCAGGACAAAGGAGGGAAAGUCAAAGAAGCGAAAGAGCCGAGACGAGGGAGAGGAGUCAGAGGGACAAGCGGUCAAGUUCUUACAAAAUGGCUACUUGGAGAAGUCUACCGAGACUGAGCGAAGCAGGAAGAAGCGAAAGGAGCCAAAGAGCGAGGACAAAGAAGAUAGAAAGAAGCGCAAGAACAAAGAGAAGGAGGGAAAGAAGUCCAAGAAGACAGGCGAGAAGAAGCCAAAGAAGGACGUACCUCAGGAGGGCUAGAGAGAGACAGACACGCACACACAUCAUCCUAGACACACCAAAUGCACGAUACCCACACAGCCAUGUACAGCUUCGGAGAAUUGUCAAUUGUCAAACAGACUAC